GAGAGGAGCAUGCUGUGAGGGGUUAUUACAGAGAGAGAGAAAGGAAGGGAGGGUGAAAGGGAGAGCGUAGGGAAGGGAUAGCGGGACAGUGAGCUGAGGAGAUACAGAGCAUAUCAAGAGGCAGAGAGAGACCGGUACACAUCGAGCCUUCCCAAGAAAAUGACCAAUUUCGCAGGCACUUGGAAAAUGAGAAGCAGUGAGAAUUUUGAUGAACUACUCAAAGCACUUGGCGUCAAUGCUAUGUUGAGGAAGGUGGCUGGUGCCGCGGCGUCCAAACCUCACGUGGAGAUCAGGCAGAAUGGGGAGCAGUUCUACAUCAAGACCUCCACCACCGUGCGCACCACCGAGAUCAACUUCCUCAUAGGCCAGGAGUUCAAUGAGGAGACGGUAGAUGGCAGGAAGUGCAAGAGCCUGGCCACAUGGGAGACCGAGAGCAAAAUGUACUGCAGGCAGACUCUCCUGGAUGGCAACGGCCCAAGGACCUUCUGGACCAGAGAGCUGAAGGGAGAUGAACUCAUACUGACCUUUGGGGCAGACGACGUGGUUUGCACACGGAUUUACGUACGAGAAAAUAAAUAACGUAGCUUCAGGACCGACCAGGACCAUCAUAAUGGGCUCCAUCCCCCUUCGUACAGCUGCAAUAACUCUCCAAUACAUCCAUCUUCAGAGAAAUAUUUCAUAGCAUCAUAUAUCAGAUUAAACAGACAUUUACCAUGCUUCAUAUAACUAGACCAAACAUGCAAUUGUAUUUAGACAUUGUUUCUCAUGCCAACUGCCACUUUAAUAAAACAAUGUUUCGUCCUUACAGUGUUUUGUCAGUAUUGGCAAUAAGAGACAAUAUACAUACAAUUUCAAUAUAUUGUAUUAUUUGUCUGGUGUCAAGGAAAUGUCUAAAGAAAUACAUCUGCUUGUAUCAAGACAAACGUCAGGUAGGAAAAUGAUUCACUUCAUUCUAAGUUUAGGUGACCUAUUGCUUUAACAUGCAGAAAUGUCACGGCAACAACCCGGAACCAAAAAGGAGCAUCAGAGAUUUGUCCAAUCAGAACAG